AUGAAUUAUGAAAUUCUGAAUUUACAAAAUUUUCCAAGCAAACAACCUGGAUUAUCUAAUCUCAUAAGAGUUGAAAUGAAUUAUGUUGAUUCAUUAGUACUGACCUCUAAGAAUAUCGAAUAUUUGAUAAAAUUAAUUUCAUUAAAUUGUGAUCAAAUCUGUUAUUUAGAUAUUAGUUUAAACCCUACGGUAUAUUCUCUCGAUAUCAUUCAUUACAUAGCUGAUAUGAUUAAAGCUCAAAAAUAUUUAACAGAAUUUAGUAUAUCUUUUGUAAAAUUAAAUUUUGAUCCAAUAAUGUUUGCUUUAUUAUCUAAAAGGUUUAGCUUAAUUUCUGUUAGAUUUACUAACAUUAAGUUUACCAAGACAUCCAACAAUCUCUUAAAAGAAUUUAAUAUUUUAAAAGAUUUAAAUUUGGUUCAUUGUGAUGGAGCUUGUAAUGAUAUUAAUGAUAUUUUAGAAAUUGAUUCAAUAUUUAAAAUCAAAAAGUUCACAACACCUGCGCAAACUUUGCCAACAGAGUGCAUGAAAAGAAUAUUUCAACAUAUUCAUGAUGAUUCCACAUCAAAAUUAUAUCCUUCUUUAUUGGUAAAUAAAUAUUGGUGUAAAAACGUUGUGACAUUUUUAUGGAAUCGACCAUUCCAAAUGUGCCCAAAACAUAAUCGAUACAAGCUUAUCAGAACGUUGUUAACGUUCUUUAGUUUAGAAGAGACCACAUUAAUCAAUUCUAAAUUAAAGGCUUAUAACAUUCUAAUACCUGCGCGACCUAAUCCCAUAUUUAAUUAUUCUUCCAUGGUACAAGAAAUUUCUUAUAUGGAUUUAGAAACCUUUGUUAAAUCAUAUUUAACAAAAAUAACCACGGGAUGUUAUAAUGAUAUCCAAAAAGUACAAAUUCUUUUCAUCACCAUUUCAUUAUUUCAAAUGUUCUUACGACAGGGUACCAACAUUAAAACUCUCGUAAUUGAUAAAGAAAUUUAUACGAUGGAUUUACCAGACAUUUCUAUUUUUACUGAAUCACACCCUUCAGGUUCCACUAACCUCUUUCAACUUAGAAUCGAUUAUAAUAGUAUUAAGAUUCGUAAUAUAAUUCAAUUUCUAAAAUAUAUUUCAGAUGUAUGCAAGGACAUUCAGAUUUUAGAAUUUAAAUUCAACAUAAAUGCUUAUAGUGAUGAAUUAUUACAAUCAAUUUCCAAUACCAUAACUAAACAAAAUAAUUUACGAGAAUUUAGUUUAUCAAAUACAAAACAUAUUGGAAUCGAAUCAGUGAUGAUGUCAUUGCUCGUUCAUGUUAAUACGCUAACUUCAAUUUCAUUGGCUUUCCUUAAUUUGGAACAAAAAUCCAUGGACAUUCUUUUGAAUCUUAAACAAUUAAAAGAACUUAGGAUAUGGUUCUGUGAAGGAUUAAAUCAUUACUCUUCGAUUCACAGAUUUGAACUCAACACGUUACAUUUGGUGGAAUUAUCUUCCUCUGUGAAAACAAGACGGAUUACACAAUCCAUCUUGCAAUCAACAGGAAAUUCUAUUACACAAUUAGGAUUUAACAUUCAAUAUAUAGAAAAUCUUGAUAUAACAUUAACUUAUUGUCCAAAU